CAUGUUUUUGGUUUAUUUUUGUGCGUAUCGCGUACGGAAAACUUGAAAUAUCUGUGUUGUUUAAACAAUCAACGAUUUAAACGCCAGCCGAGAACAAAGAGUUUGGUUAACGCGGUAAUCGCCACGCCAUGCCGGACAUCAAAAUAACACCCCUUGGAGCCGGCCAAGACGUCGGCCGCAGCUGCCUGCUCCUUUCCAUUGGCGGAAAGAAUAUAAUGCUCGAUUGUGGUAUGCAUAUGGGAUAUAAUGACGAACGGCGCUUUCCGGAUUUUUCGUACAUAGUGCCCGAAGGACCUAUUACCAGUCAUAUUGACUGCGUGAUCAUAUCGCAUUUCCACCUGGAUCAUUGUGGAGCACUGCCCUACAUGUCCGAAAUUGUUGGCUACACCGGUCCCAUUUACAUGACGCAUCCUACAAAGGCGAUUGCACCCAUCUUGUUGGAAGAUAUGAGGAAGGUAGCCGUCGAACGCAAAGGCGAGUCGAAUUUCUUUACGACACAGAUGAUCAAGGACUGUAUGAAAAAGGUUAUUCCAGUGACAUUGCACCAGAGCAUGAUGGUGGAUACAGAUCUUGAGAUAAAGGCCUACUAUGCCGGCCAUGUGCUGGGCGCAGCUAUGUUUUGGAUCAAAGUGGGUUCGCAGAGCGUCGUCUAUACGGGGGACUAUAAUAUGACGCCGGAUCGGCACCUCGGCGCAGCUUGGAUUGACAAAUGCCGACCGGACUUACUCAUAUCGGAAAGCACAUAUGCAACCACCAUUCGCGACUCGAAGCGGUGUCGGGAGCGCGACUUUCUCAAAAAGGUUCACGAGUGUGUGGCUAAAGGAGGCAAGGUACUUAUUCCUGUAUUCGCGUUGGGACGCGCUCAGGAACUGUGUAUUCUUCUAGAAACCUACUGGGAGCGCAUGAAUCUGAAGUAUCCCAUUUAUUUUGCAUUGGGCCUGACUGAAAAGGCAAACACUUACUAUAAAAUGUUCAUUACUUGGACUAAUCAAAAGAUUCGAAAAACGUUUGUGCAUCGCAAUAUGUUCGACUUCAAACAUAUAAAGCCAUUUGAUAAGGCUUAUAUUGAUAACCCAGGUGCCAUGGUUGUCUUUGCGACACCGGGCAUGCUGCAUGCCGGCCUAUCGUUGCAAAUCUUCAAGAAGUGGGCCCCCAAUGAGAACAAUAUGGUAAUCAUGCCCGGUUAUUGUGUCCAGGGCACAGUGGGCAACAAGAUUUUAAGUGGCGCCAAAAAGGUUGAAUUCGAAAAUAGACAGGUCGUUGAGGUCAAAAUGGCUGUGGAGUAUAUGAGCUUUUCGGCACAUGCCGAUGCCAAAGGUAUAAUGCAGCUUAUCCAGAACUGCGAGCCAAAGAAUGUGAUGCUCGUACAUGGCGAAGCGGAGAAGAUGAAGUUCCUUCGUGCUAAAAUUCGUGAUGAGUUUAACUUGGAUACCUAUAUGCCGGCCAAUGGCGAAACCUGUGUCAUAUCCACGCCCGUCAAAAUACCUGUUGACGCAUCUAUAUCCCUCCUAAAGGCCGAGGCGCGCUCCUACAAUGCACAACCGCCUGAUCCGAAGCGUCGGCGACUUAUUCACGGCGUACUCGUCAUGAAGGAUAAUCGCAUUAUGCUGCAGAAUCUGACCGAAGCACUCAAAGAAAUUGGUAUUAACCGUCACGUUAUGCGAUUCACAUCAAAGGUUAAAAUGGACGAUCCAGGUCCAAAGAUACGCACCAGUGAAAAGCUCAAGUCGUUGUUAGAGGAGAAGCUAGUUGGGUGGACGGUAGUGCUGCAAGACAACGGCACCAUUACCAUCGAAACCGUAGAAGUGAAUGUCGAAGAGGAUGAAAAGGACCCCAAGCAGAAGACGAUAUUGAUCACAUGGACCAAUCAGGACGAAGACAUUGGCGCCUAUAUACUCAACGUUUUGCAGAAUAUGUGCUAGUGGGAAUUGCGUUUCGCUGCUGCCUUAAUUCCAUAGUUUUUAAGCUUACUGUUUUGUUUCUGGAAAUAAAAGCUCGGUCAAAUAUAUUAAUUACGCGCCAUAAA